UUCCUCGGGGCCCGCGAGACGCACGUGUGAGGGUCAGGGUAGGUUUGAGUUUUGUUCGCGGGAGCAUCAGCAAGUUAGGAACGUCUUAUUUGACAGUCGGUCGAAACUCGAAAGGGAAUUCGCGAACUACGUGAGGCAAUAAGCGAAGCUGUAUUGGAGAUCCGUAAUUAGGCAUGGAAGCAGAUAAGCUGAAAUUACCCCAGAAUAAGGACAGUACAAUGUGUUUUUCCUCUAGUGGCAAGGUAUUUGCAACAAACAAAAAAUCUAUGAAGAAAUUCCAGGAAGAAGAAGCAUUUCAGAGGAUGAAUUUUUUAUACCAGGCAGCAGCUUCUCUUCUGUUAAAGUAUCCAAACCAUUUUGACAUAGCUACCCAUUAUGGAGCUAUUAUGAGGAGCAUAUCAAAGAAAUCAGUUCUUCGUAUGGAUAUCAGCUUGAAACGCAGCAUUUGCAAGGGAUGUUCGAUACAGCUCAUCCCAGGCGUGACUGCUAAAGUCCGUAUAAAAAAUAGACCAACGCCAUGUGCACUAUGGACAUGUACCAUCUGCAAUACUUCAAAGAGGUAUCAUAAUAAGAAGGGAUAUCUUACAUGGACUGGAAGACCAGAGUCAGUUGCCAACGAUUGAAAUAGUUCAUUGUUUUCCUGACAUUUGACUCUUGUUUACUUGCAAGGAUACUGGAACUGGUUGACAUCACCAAUUGUUUAUAAUUUAUUGUCUUUAUUAUUUGUACAAAACCUGAGACUAUCUUUAUAAAAAUAGUUAUAAAAGUAGCACUGAGCCAGCUAAAAUGUAAAUUAGAUGAAGAUCACUGCAAACUUUGAGAAAUUUGUAUUGUCAAAAUGUAAAAGAAGUGACUGGUUUAUAAGAAAUAUUAUCACAAAAAAUUAGUGAAUAAACCUUU